AUGAAUCUAAAUACCUCUGAAGAUACCCCAAUAGGUUCUCCCAAUCAAAACCCUCCAGUUAAACCAAAAAGAAAAAGAAGAUCGUAUAGUUGUGGCCAAUGUAAAAAUUUGAAAAUUCGCUGUGAUUUGAAAAUUCCCUGUUCUUCUUGUGUGAAAUUUAAAAGACCCCAUAAAUGCUUAUUAGAUCCUCCAAAACCUCCCUUUGAUGAAGAAUUAGCUAAAAUGAGAUUAAGAAAGUUAAGAACCGAUAAAAAGAAACAACAGUUAGAACAACAAAAAGCUCAAUCUUUAAACCCCCAUCUUACUUCUUUUAAUCGAUUCCCGGAAACUAUCCCUGAAGAACCUCAUCAAUUUCAUCCCAUGCAAAAUAUUCAUCCUUUAAUGAGUCCCUAUAAUCAUCCGCAAAAUUAUUAUCCUUAUUCUUAUCCUCCAGCAUAUCAAAAUCAACCUUAUUUAAUGAAUCAAAUUCCUCCUAAUGUUCCUAAUGUUAAUGUUCAAACCCAUGUUCCUCUACAGCCUCCUCCUCCUCCUCCCCCUCCUCAUGCUUUACCACUUCAUUUACAACCUCAUUUACAGUCCCAUCUCCCACCCCAAUUAUCCCCAGCCCCGCCACCAAUAAGUCAAAUCCCCCAAUAUCCUUCCCAAUAUCCUCAGUUUGCUCCCCAAUUACCUCCCCAAUUACCUCAUCAAUUACCUCAUCAGUUACCUCCCCAAUUACCUCAUCAAUUACCUCAAUUACCUCCUCAAUUACCUUCUCAAUUACCUUCUCAAUUACCUUCUCAACUACCUUCUCAAUUACCUUCUCAAUUACCUCAAUUACCACCUCAUCCUAUUGCAUACUCCCCGGAAUACCAAUCAAGUGUAACCUCGCCCAUCUUUAACCCCAUUCAACUGGUACCAAUGACAAACACCUCCUCGGAUAGUGGGUCCACCGGUACCCCUCCAACUUCCUUUUCAAUGGCUAAACAACAAAGUAGACAAAGUCCAAUUAAAAAAUUGAUUCGUGGUAAUCCAAAAAUUAUAAAACACAUAAAUGAAACAAACUUAUUAAAAGAUCAAGAUUAUAAUGAUAAUUUCACCAUAAUUAAUUUCACAUUAGAAGAACUGAAAUUAUUUUUCAAAUAUAAUAUUAAGAAUGAAUCAGUUCUUAUUGAAUUAUUUAAUCUUUUCUUACAGACUCAAUGUAUUUUUGAAGAAGAAUUAUUAGAUAUUGAAAUGGUUUAUGAAAAAUUAAAUUGUUUCAGAACAAUGCCUUCAAAUAAUCCAAUAAAAUGGGAUGUCACGUCCUUAAGAUGGUUAAGUUUAGGUUUUUGGAUAUUAAUGAAUGGGACCCUUUUAAGUCCUGAUCGAUGGUUUCAAAAAACUCAAAUAACAAAUUCUCUUGGAAAUCCAACAAAAUCCCAACUUUGUGGUGGGUGGUUAAAAAUUUGUGAAAUUAUUAGAUCAAAAGUGGUAUUUACUAAUAAAAUGAAUGAAUCAGUUUAUUUAAUUAAUUGGUAUUUAUUAAGUAAAAUGUUUUAUUUUAUCAACACUGGUCAUAAAAAGGCCGGAGAAGAACAUAAUAGAUUAUUAUUAAAACUUCGUGAUAAUGAGGAAUUUAUUAAUCUUAUUCAAGAUAAAACCGAUGAAGAAUUUGACCAAGCAAUUACCAGAAGAGAAAAUGGUAAUAAUUCAAUUGAAUUUUUUGAAAAUGAUGAAAAAUAUUAUGUUGCAAAUAUUAUGUGGAUUCAAAUUAGAUUUGCAGAAAUAACCGUUCCAUAUAUUCAAAUUAAAGAUAAUUCAAUUGAAGAAAAGGAAUUUAAAGAAUCAGCGUUACCCCAUAAAAAAUUAUUAAUUCUUCUAUUUGGAUCAAAUAUUUUUAAAGGAGAUGAACGAUUUAUAAAUUUAAGAAAUUUUCAAAUGCAAAUGUGGGCAUUAUAUUAUAAGGGAUUCAAUAAUGUUAAACUGGUUAAAGAAAUGAUUGAAUCAUAUUUAACCUUGUACAAAAAUAUCGGGGAUUUAAUUUUUGAAAGAUUGAAAAAAUUUCAAAAUAAAUUGAAAAAUAAUAAUAAUUGUUUAAUUACUGAACAGGAUUUGGUUCUAGUGGUUCAAGGCCAACUUGUCAUGAAUAUUUUUGUUCGAUGGUUAAGUUUUGUUAAAUUAGAAUCGGGGUAUUUCCCAAGUUUAAGAUAUGCUUCUUAUAUCAUCACUAUAAUAUCUUCAUUUAAUUGUUUUAAUGCUAUUGAUGAAAUCAUUGUUAAUCAAACUAAAUCCAGACUAACUCUUAAUCAUAUAAUUAAUCGAGAUUUUGAUUAUACAGUCAUUAAUUUUUUAUGGGAAUCUCUAAUUACUCAAGGGAUUUUUUUAGUUUCCCUAAGAUAUUUCACUUCAGUUAAAACUGAUGUUACUCCUCGAGUAAAUUUAAUGAAAAUUUAUGAAAAAGUUAAUAAAAAUUAUCGCCAUACUUUGAAUAAGUUUGCUGAUGAAAAACGUGAUGGGAAUCCAAUCGUGGUCCAGGAUGAAGAUCUUGAUGAUUCUCUUAAUAUUAAUACUAAUGAAGAAGAAGAACCUAAUGAAUCAAAAAUUAAUCCAGUAGAAUCAAUCGAUCAUCAACAUUUAGAAAUUAGCCAUAUUCCCUACUAUAAAAAAAUAUUAAAAGUUUGUUAUGGAUUCAUCAAAUUAUUAGACACUGAUCAUCAAUCAAGACAGGAAGAUGAUUUAAAUGAAUUGGUCUCCACAAUCGAAACUAAUCUUAGUAGAAGUAGUUGGCAAUUUUUAACCGAUGAUAUCUUUGGAUCAUCCGGAACAUUUGUCACUUAUAUCACUCGAAUGAAAGACUUGUUCGUUUUUCUAAGAGAUACUGAUGAAUUUACAAAAAUCCCAAUUACAAAUAAUAUAGAACUUAAUGAUGAAUUAAUUGAAAAAAAUUCCCAUCAAUUCACUACAAUGGAACUAACUCAAGAAAUGAUUGAUGAAUACAUCGAGAAAGUUGUUACCCCAAAUUUAAAAAGUACAUAA